AUAACGCCUGGUAUUCGCAGAGUAUCGUCAUUUGAAAUGUUGCCAAGUACAAGGAACGCUCGACAACGAUUCUCUUUCGUCAACCAAGAUGUAUGUAUGUACUUUCGAUAUACUUUGACCGAAUUCAGUUUAGAAACAUCGAUCAGAAAAAAAAAUGCAGUGGCGACCGUGAACGGUGGCUCGGUGCGAAUUGAUGGUAAUUAAUGUUAAGGGGUUGAGGUAUUCGGAGUAAGUGGCUUCGUUUAAGUCCCUCGCGUAUACGCGCGUUUGGCUUCGUUGACAGCAUGAUACGGUGCCGUAAUAUUGGCCGCGAUACUGACCAAGUGGCAAUCAUCGGAAAAAAAGAACGUUACGUCAACAGGAACACAAGGUAUCAGGAAUCGCGUGCUCGAGGUACAACGAUUUCCUACCUCACCUUCACUUUAAGCGGCACUGAAACAACGAAGAGCGUUUUGGACGAGCGAUCGAUAACGCCGAUGACGACGACGACGACGACGACGACGACGACGAUAAAUCGGUCAUGUCGAUCUGGAAGCGAUGUUCAACGAUGACCGCUGGAGUCGGCGAUCGGCCAGGCGACUUUUAAUAAAAUGGCAUCAUGCCAUUGAAUAUCUGUCGCUUUAAUAACGCUGACAUCACACGCCAAAACGAACGCGCAAACGUGGAUUAUCGUCGGACGCUCGACCGGCCGGACGACGGCGGACACUUAACGCAAUGACGUCAUGGUUAAUCGCAGAUUACGCCCGUCGUAGUGAGCGAGCGUCCUGAAACGCUAUUAGUUACGAGAAAUGAAAGUAACAGCCACCGAGAGAAAGAAAGAAAAAAAAAGGGAGAGGCAAUAAAAAGAAA